AUACUCAACCAUGGCAGAUUUGCAGCUUAACAUCUUAAAGGUUGUUGACAAGUACGGCUCGGUCGAAAACACAUUGGAGUGUCCCGAGCUCAAGUCGCUCGAUGCCAGUACCCUCCACUCUAACUUGACCUCGUUGUGGUCCAAGGAAUUAAUCAACUUCUCCAAAAUCGAAAUCGAACAAUGGGACUUGACCAAAGAAGCGCAAGACUUCUUGGUGAAUGGAUCCCACGAAAUCCGGUUGUUGGAAGAAGUCAUCAAGUCCGUCGACGGAUUGAAGAUUUCGGACGUGAAUUCAAAGUUGGGUGCCGUUGGUAAACUAGGUCAAGGUAAAGCCUUCAAGAAUGGGUGGAUUGCCAAGGACAGUGAUAAGUUGGUUUCGAAAGUGUCAUCUUUGCCAGAAGAUUCUGUGGUGCAAAACUUGCAAAUCAUCAAGAAAUCCGGUACUUUGGAAGAUAAGAAAGAACUCACAGAAUUGAAAAAGAGAAAAUUGAUUACUCUCAACAAGAUUGUGGGUUACAAAAUCACCAAGACCGACAAAUUUUCGGUAGAAAUCGUCAGUCUCGAAACUGACAUCACCAGUGAAAUGAUUACCAACAACACCUGGGCUGACAAGAAGUUCAAGCCAUAUAACUUCAAUUCCGAAGGGGUUUAUCCUCAAAGUGGAGCAUUACAUCCUUUAAACAAAGUUAGAGAAGAAUUCAGACAAAUCUUCUUCUCCAUGGGAUUCAUAGAAAUGCCUUCUAACCAAUACGUUGAUACAGGUUUCUGGAACUUCGACACAUUGUUUGUUCCUCAACAACAUCCAGCUAGAGAUUUACAGGAUACUUUCUACUUGAAGGACCCCAAAGUUGGAGGACUUCCACAAGAUAAGGAAUACUUGGAAAAUGUCAAACAAGUCCACCAAGAAGGAAAAUACGGCUCCAUAGGUUACAGAUAUCCUUGGAAGUUGGAGGAAAGUUUGAGAAUGGUGUUGAGAACUCAUACCACUUCCAUCUCUUCUCACAUGUUGAAGGAAUUGGCCAAAAACCCCAGGCCCGUGCGUUACUUUUCCAUCGAUAGAGUGUUCAGAAACGAGGCCGUGGAUGCCACUCACUUGGCAGAAUUCCACCAGGUGGAAGGAGUCAUGGCUGGUUACGACAUCACUUUAGGUGACUUGAUUGGCUUCAUGGAAGAUUUCUUUGGUAAGAUGGGGGUCACUGACUUGAGAUUCAAAGCCGCCUAUAACCCAUACACCGAGCCUUCGAUGGAAAUUUUUGCAUACCAUAAGAUAUUGAAGAAGUGGGUGGAAAUUGGUAACUCGGGAAUGUUCAGACCCGAAAUGUUAGAAGCUAUGGGAUUACCCAAGAAUUUGAGAGUGUUAGGAUGGGGAUUAUCGUUGGAGAGACCAACCAUGAUUAAGUACAAUGUUUCCAAUAUCAGAGAAUUAUUGGGCCAUAAGGUGUCCUUGGACUUUAUUGAGACCAACCCUGCUGCUAGAUUGGAUGAGUUGUUGGUGUAAGUAUAUAUGCUGUAAUUAAUACAAGUUGAAAAAACCACCAGUCGCGUUUUCGAAACU